GCUCUAGUGCGACGCAAAUAAAGUACCUCCCUACAUUGCAAUUUUUCGAGUGUAACUGUGAUUGCAUUACUUUCAGUUUUGUUGUCAUCAUGUGAUGUCAACAAAGAUUAAUCUCAGCAGUCUUCGAAGAAAGAGUUUCAUCGAACUAAACACUUUUCCUUGGUUAGAUGCCAUGAAAUAAUUGCUGAUAAACAUUAAAAUAUAAUAUUAAGUGAUUUACAAAUUCUGCAUAGUUUAUAUGCUUAAUCAAUAUAAUUGUAUUUUGAUUAAAAUGUUAAAUCAAUGCAGAAUGUUAAGUUCGUUCUAUUCAUUGAUUCAUUAUGCUAUUAAUUAAUUUCUUACUUAAGAUAUUAUUUAAACAGAUAUUAAAGGGUCUGUGAAUAACAUAAUUAGCUACUGGAAAUGUCCGGUAUUGCUUUGGAAGAAUAUGAGCUACUUGGGGAUUCCAGGUAUCGAUCAUAUAUAUCAGCAGUUGAUAAAGCUUUGAAAAGUUUUGAAUAUACUAGUGAAUGGGCAGAUCUAAUUUCUGCUUUGGCAAAACUAAAUAAGGUCCUGCUGAGUAAUGUUAAAUAUUCCAUAAUUCCAAGACGCAUCACAAUCAGUAAAAGACUAGCUCAAUGUAUGCACCCAGCUCUUCCUAGUGGUGUACAUUUAAAAGCUUUAGAGACAUAUGACAUAAUAUUUAAAUGUAUUGGACCUACCAGAUUAGGUCAAGAAUUGUUUAUCUACAGUGCUGGUUUAUUCCCACUAUUAGGAAAUGCUGCGAUGAAUGUCAGACCAACACUUUUAACUGUUUACGAGACUCAUUUUUUGCCCCUUGGAGAUAAACUUAGACCAGGAUUAAAUGGAUUCUUGAUAGGAGUUUUGCCAGGUUUAGAAGAGGGAUCCGAUUAUUAUGAUAGGACAGAUCAACUUUUGCUAGCUGUUUGCAACAAUGUUGAACAGCAUUAUUUCUAUGGUUGUAUGUGGGAAUGUGUACUUUCCAAUCCAUCCAUUCGACUUCCAGCUGUAACAUUUAUAAUCAGCCAUUACAAUAGAAAGCUAUGCAUGGAAGAUCAACUUUUUAUAUUUGGAACAGAUGUUGAUACAAUGGUUCAAGGAUUGUGUGCUUCAUUACAAGACACUAGUGUACUUGUUCAGAGGUGUGCUUUAGAUUUGUUAUUAAUGGGAUUUCCUAUACAUUGCAACCAACUUCUCACAUCGGAUAUGAUUCAUGUUGUGACUUCAGCUGUAACUGUAGUUUUGCGUCGAGAUAUGUCUCUUAAUAGGCGUUUAUUUUCCUGGUUAAUGGGUGGAGAUUCUUUGUGUAGUGAUGAUGUAAAUAAAACAACACCAGGAAAAUCAAAUGAAAAGUUUGAUGCUAAUUCCUAUUUUAAAGAUUUUUCUAAAGAAUAUUUAUUAAAAGCACUUCAAAAAUGCUUUGAUAGUCCUCAGACUAUUAUGCCAUCAAACUCUGUGCCUUCCACUGCUGACUUAUGGUGCUACAGAUUGCUAAUUAGCUUACUAGAUCGUCCAGAAAUUAGCUCUGCUAUUUUAGAUGACAUAAUGAUUGAUAUAUUCAGGUCCUUAUACUUAGCUUGUCAUUCAUCAAAGUUUUACAUUUCUAAGAAUGAUAAGAAAGGCCAAAAGUCAUCUAAGGACCAAAAUGAACUUAAAAAAUCUGCUAAUUUAUUAUUUGGAACCUUAGAACCAUCAUAUCUCUGGGAAUAUGCUGGAAAACACUUUUACAAUGCCUGCCAAAUGCCUAGCUCUUAUUCGGACGAUUCUGUUGAAGAAAGUAGUGAUGAUUGCUCAAAGUGCAUAAAACGUGUUGGAUCAGGAGAUCCUAAUUUAUCUGAGUUAUGUACUCUAGUCAGUUUUUUAUUAGAUAUUGUGUCUCUGGAAACUUAUCUAGAAGCAAAAACUGAACACCUUCCUAAGCUUUUGAGUGAUAUUUUUGAUGUGCUCUCUGAAAACUGUUCUAAUUUAUGUGUAUAUGAUAUUACAAUAGCUUUAGAAUUAUGUUCAAAACUUUUAUGCAAAAUGCAACCACCUCUUGUGAAUGCUAUGUCUGAGGUAAAAAGUUCAUUUGAAUAUACUAAUAAAGCUAGCGAUUCUUCAAAAGUUAAUAAUACUUCAGAAUAUGCAGUAAAAAGUUCUGAUAUUGCACAGCUAAAUUCUAAAAAAAAUAAUUCUUUCAGUUACUGUCAAGAUAAGUCAGAAAUAGAAGAUCAUUAUGAAUUGAAUAUACGUAGUGUGAUAACAUUAUGUGUUGAAAAAUUUCAGAAACUAUUUGUGACAUUUAUAGUGAAAAAAAUGGUUAAAAGCUCUGAAGCUUCUUUAGAGCGUUAUCAAUCCUUAAUUUUGCCUCAGGGAGGAGGAAACAGCCAGCGAGAUAUAAAUUUAAAUAAUUUGUUACAGAAAUGCUUGUCAGCUAAAUGUAACUGCUUUUCUUCGGAUGAUCUUGUCAUUUACAAACAAGAUAUUUUAGAGGCAACUGACCAAAACAGUUCUCUUCCUUAUAGUGAGGUAGAAGAAGUACCAGAUGAUAUUAUUAUGUGUAAAACUUUUCGUUAUUUGUGUAAUCUACUUGUUGAACUCUCUUCAUUUCCUUCAUUUUAUACAAACUGCAAGCAGUUGUAUGACACACAUUUAUCAACUGCUGGAUUAUCUUCUAUUCCAGAGUGGCUAAAAUUCAUCAUCACUAUAGCAUGUUUUGCUAAUUCUGAAGAAAUAUUUUUUAUUGCAAUUUCUACACUAUUUGAUUUAAUUGCACUCACAAAAUCUGUUCUUGUAAAUAUAGAAAUUAAUGAAGUUGCUUCAGGUUCACCCAAUCAUUCCGGGAUAGGAGAUGCUUCUCAAACUAAUGUACCUACUGUUGUUUUAGUAGCUUUAACGCCAGCUAUCAGUGCAUUACAGUUAGAUUUCCUCUCCAAUGAAACUGCACUUUUCAAUGUUGCUGCAAACAAGCUAUGGAAAUAUGUAGGGGAUGAAAGAUCAAACUUGUGCCUACGUGGCACAGAACUUUUACAACAAGUGCAUAAUUUAUCUCCGACAAGUUCUAUAUGUGAAACAAUUAUCUGCAAUUCUAUGGCAUCAGGAGAUGAGAUGGAGCAAGUAGAAGCACAAAAGAAAUUUGCUAUACUAUGGCAUUUGACUCGAGAUUUAAAUUUACAGUCUACACCCUCUACUAUAACUAGGGUUUUUGAUCGAUGUUUGUUUCUGAUGUUAGACAGCCUGUGUAAAGAAACUGGACCCCAAAAGGCUAUAUCUCAAGCUUGGCUUAAUCAUUCUUUGCAACGUGGAGAUGUUGCCAGGUUUCUUGAGCCUAUCAUACUGAUAUUACUUCAUCCAGACUCUGCUCGAAUAUCUGUACAACAUGUCAGUGUACAUUGUCCACCAAAAUUAGUAGUUGAUGAUGGUUAUGCAUCAUCAACCACAGGUGCCCACCAUGAUGAUGAUGAAGCUAAAGUAUAUGCAAUUAGUAGUACUUCUGGUCAUGUUAUUUAUCAUAUUAGUGAUGAUAGUCGACCCUCCUCUCAAAUACCUACUCCCGAGAAAAAGAUAUUAGCCUUAACAUCAUUAGUUAAUCUUGAUUCUGGAAAGGGCUCGUCAUUUGUUACUCAUAAUUCUAUGAUGCAAGAUUUUGAGUUGCCUUCCAGUCAUGAACGGGAUUUAAAAAUGCCCAUUUCAGUUUUUGUGAAUCCAUUUGGUUCAUUAUCUUCGCUUGCAAGUGAUACUAAUUUAGAAUAUUCAAUUGUUUCUGCAACUGAUUUAACGCAGCUUAAAUAUAUUGAAAAUGUACAAAAAAGUUCUUUUGAUGAAGAUGUUGAUGAAAGUAACCAAACCCUUGAUAAUGAAAUAGAUAUUGAGGGGAUUGUUUCUUCAGUUUUGGAGGAAAUCAUUUCACAGAUUGAAAAUAGUGAUAGUGACAAAGAAUUUAUAUCUUCUGGUGAUUAUAAUUUUAAUGAUGAAUUUACUGAUAGUGGUGACAUAAAUGGAACUUUUAAAAAGAACUGUGAACUUAAUAGCAUGUCUCAAUUAACAGUUCACCCAUUGCAUACUUACAUUUUACUAUAUUGUCAAGUAUAUGAUUCCCAAAAAACUCUUUAUGCUCUUUACUCAUUAAAAGCUAUAAUUUUGACCAAUCCACGCAUUGCUUUAUGCAGUAUGGCUACCACAAAUAUUAGUAAUUCAUUGAGCUUAAGGGGCCAACAAUUACAAAUUCUUUUAGCUCGACAUCGCAAAUCUGUUUUUGGGAAUAAUUUUCACGGGGAAUUAACAGCUGAAGCUACUACAAUGUUUCGAAGCAAUACAUAUGUAGAAGUCAUUGUAGCAGCCUGCUUAUAUCAUAUACGAAGUCAUUAUCCUAAUUUAUGUCAAGUUAAGUUAACAGACGAUGAAGUAACAGGUAACAGAAAUGUUCGUCUUUUGUGCAUGGAAGUUCUUACUCUUGUGUUUUCGGAAUUAGUUGGAAUUGUUAAAGAUAGUGGAAAAUGCUUUGCCAAUUACUUGAGUGAUCUUUUACACCGAAGUAAAGUUCAAAAGACUCUUUUACACUGUCUUGCUGCUAGUGUCUAUGACUCACGCUAUAAAAUUCUUGAUGAAAAAUGUAUGGCUUUUACUGAAACAAUUGUUGACUUUAAUGAGAAGACUUCAACCUUUUGUAAUCAUAAUCAAUCUGCUGAUGACUUUCAAGACACAUAUCAGGUUCACCUUUUGAGAUUAAUUGCUACAUUGGUUGUACUAGAGGAUACAGUUUUAUCUCAAAAUGGCGCAGAUAGAGAUGUGAUAAAUGGCUCUGGAACAAAAAAUGGUGAUAAUACUGAAAAGAAAACAAGUACAGGCUAUACAUCAGUUGCAAAGCCUAGCACAACACAGCCUUCAACAUCUUCUUCCAAAUUUCAGCCUGGUGUUCCAGUUCCAUGUCAGUCUAUGUUUCUAAGUGCUGUUUUAACUGCUUUGCGCCAAGAUCAUCAUGCUCAUUUGCAUAUACAUUGGUUGUCUUUAGUUACAUCUGCCUUACCAUUUCUUGGGAGAUGGCUACCUAGACUGAUCAUGACUGUUGUCAACCAGCUUUGCACAAAUUUAGAAAAUAUUAUGAAACUUUAUUGGAACCCUUCUACAAAUAAUUCUGUAAAAGGAGAAAAAGACAAUUUAGUAAAGCUAUCGAUGCCUCCUGAUUAUCUUAUAACUCUUAUUGAAGGAUUGACAACAUUGUGCCAUUAUUGCUUAUUAGAGUGUCCUGCUCCUCUUUUAUCUCCUUUGAACCAACCACCAUUACCACCUGUUCCAUCUCAACCAUAUGCACCUGGAACUAGUGCUUCACAAAUCAUAUCAAAUCUCAUCCAUGUAUUUUCCACUUCAUCAAAUCAAAAAGAUAUAUCUGGUUGUGAAUCUGGCAAUGCCUUGGAUCCUAUUCUUUCUGCACGAAGAGUUCUUCUUAGCAAUUUGCCAAGAGUUAUUUCUAGCAUGGCAUCAGUUUUUCGCAUUGUUACUGAAGUUGAUAAGCAAAACUCUCACAAGGAAUGGUGGAUAAUGGGCACACCAAAGGUUGUAAAGCAACAUAUUUUGAGUUUUCUCAGCCCUAUCUCUUUAAAUCACGGACCUCAUUUUAUAGCAGCUAUAGCAGUUGUCUGGCAUGAAAAUAAGAACAAAAAUGGUACUCAAAUUAGAAAAGUUAUUCCUACUUGGUCCAGUGAUCAACUUUUGCUUGUGGAACUUGUUGCAGCUAUCAAAGUUUUACCCCUAGAGUCCAUUGUACAAACUGUUAGAAAUGUUUUGAAGCAACCGCCCUCAGUAUCACAGAAAAAUAAAAUUGGAAUUGAAGUUAAUACUCUCCAGUUUUUUCUGGCAUAUAUUCAACAAACAUCUGGAACUCAGUUGAUUGAAACAUGGCAAUCCCUACUAGGUCUUUGGCGAGAUGGUUUGCAAAUACCUUCACCGUUAGUGCAGUUUCAUUUGCUAAGCAUUUUACAUGAAUUUGUACAACGCUCUCCUUUGUUGGAAGACAAAAAGUCUCAAAAGGAUCUUCAAGAUAUAGCUCAUAAGUUGAUCGAAGCAUGCAGUAAUGUUGCUUGUGAUAGCUUGGAACAAACAACUUGGUUGUGGCGUAAUUUAGCUGUUAGACCUGGUCCUCAGUCUGAUAUAUCAGCUGCUGUUGAAGAUGAGGAUACAACUCUGGAAGAAGAUGAGACCUCAACGUUAAAGACAACUUCCAGUUCUACCUCUCUUCAUUUAAAUAAUGCUCAAUACAGUGUUCAAGCUUUAUGCAGCCUAGCAGAAUUUUUAGCUCCAGUGUUGGAUUUUGUUUAUGUGGGAGAAGAAAAGGAGAAAGUGGUUCCAUUGUUAAGCAGCAUAAUGCACUAUGUUACUCCUUAUUUAAAAAACCACAGUGCUCAUAACGUUCCCAGUUUUAGAGCUUGUUGUCAACUACUUGCUAAUAUUUCUGGCUAUCAACAUACCAGAAAAGCUUGGCGCAAAGAGGCAUUUGAUUUAGUAUUAGACACCUCAUUUUUUCAAAUGAAUUAUUCUUGUAUAGGGUAUUGGCGAUCAAUUAUAGAUCAUCUUAUGACUCAUGAUAAAACAUCUUUCAGGGAUUUCAUUGCCCGGGUCUCCGUUGCUCAAUCUGGAUCACUAAACUUAUUUAGUAGUAAGGAACAAGAAUAUGAAUUACGAUCUCAACUAUUAAAGCGUUUGGCUUUUGUUAUAUUUUGCAGUGAAGUUGAUCAGUAUCAAAAAUAUAUGCCCGAUAUUCAAGAAAGGCUGACAGAAAGUUUAAGAAUGUCUCAUGUUCCUAUCGUUCAAGCUCACAUUUUCUUAUGCUUUCGUGUUCUAUUAAUAAGGAUGACUCCUCAUCAUGUUACUUCUCUUUGGCCUGUAAUCAUCACAGAAAUGGUGCAAGUCUUCACACAAAUUGAGUAUGACUUAUGUGUUGAUUCUGAAGAAUUUAGUGAUGGUGUUGGUCUCAGAAAAAUUCACAGUUCACACUUACGUCGAAUGUCGACUUUGGAUUCUUCUUUUGUAAUGAAUAGCAGUAAUGGUUUAAAUGCUCAUAACCAUCCAGCAUGGUUACAUUUGUAUUUGUCAGCAUGUAAACUCUUAGAUAUGACCGUUUCUUUGCCUGCUAAUAUUCUUCCACAGUUUCAAAUGUACCGCUGGGCUUUUAUUGGUGAUAGUCCACCAUUGUCUUCUGAUACUUUUGAGGAAAGUACAACUGACAAAGUACCUUCUCCAGAAUUUGUACCUCAUAUUAAAAGAUUGGCUAACUUAUUAAAUAAAAAGGUACCUUGCAAUGAUUGUCUUCCAUAUGUUCCUGGACAGUUAUUACUUACUAUGCCUAGCAUAAACUCUAUAACUCAACUUCAGCCAUUUUUUAAUACAUUAUCAAAUAUUAAAAAUUUUGUUGCAUCAUCAGAUGAAACUGUUAAACAUGAAGUUAAGUUUCUUAAAGAUGAUUGUAAGAGUUAUCCUAUUUCCAAAUCUCGAUCAGCUCCUGAUUUGAAUACAUUGAUUUCAAGUCUCCCAUUGCCGGAUUCAGAAUAUCCUCAAACUACGGCAGAACAAAUUGAACUUAUAUUAGAAGCUGAUUUUCUGGAGCCUUGCACUCAAUGAUGUGGACCAUUUACAUUUUUUUUAUCCUUUUAGAAGGAAGUUAUUUUUAUAUUUUUCGGAAAACAUUGGAUUAUUUUACUAUAAUAUUGAAUUGAUUGUAAAUUAGUCAAUAAUGUUAUAAAGGAACUUCCAGUGCUUUAUUUUUGUAAAACAGCUUCUACUGUAUUACGAGUUUAUUUUUUUUAAACUGUUCUUUUUAUUUCUUAAGUUAUUUUUGUUUUGAUUAUCAUAUAUGCAUACUCAACAUUGAAACUAUUUUGCAUAAAUGAUAUCCAGAUUUAAUAAUUAUAUAUUUGAUCUUAAAAAUUUCUCUAAAACAUUCUAUUUUUGGUCAUUUGUUUUUUCUAAUUCAGCUUAAUUUAAGGAUAGAUUAUUUAUCCAAUAUAAGCUGUUAAAUUUUUUUUAUAGUGAAGACCCAAUGGAAGUAAAGUCAAACCUCAAUGUCAUGAGCUUUAACAGAGAAUAUUUUGACAUAAAGGCUGAAAUCUAAUUUCCCUAUCUGUUUGCUAAUAGGUAAAAACCUAUUUUAACCAAAUACAUUUAUUUCUUAGUGACCUGACCCUCUAUUUUACAAAAUAAUUUUAAUCGCUAAAUUUUUUUCCUGGCUUCUUGCAAAUUUAAAUUGCUUUUUUUUAUAAAUUCGAAUUUUUAAAAACUUUUCUUAAUCAAUUUUAUGAUUCAUUUCUUAAAAUUCUCAUAAGAAAGAGAUUAUCAUGUUGGAAAAGAAAUUGUUUCAUAUAUCCAUUCUUAAAGAAGUAGACAGGGAAGCAAUGCAUAUCUGCUUAUAAAAAUAAGACAGAACUUGCUAAUUUAAUGAAUUCAAAAGAAAUUGCUAUUCAUUAGUUAAUAGUAACCUUUUUUAUAAAUGUUUCAGUAUUUAGUAAUUGGGGAGAAUCAGAAAUAUUAAAAGACGUUAAGGUAUCUGGAAAUAAAUUGGAAAAGGCAAAGCAAAAGAAUUUCAGGAAAACAAAAAAUAAAAUGAAAAAGCAGAGACAUUAAUCUUGCUUUAAAUAAAUGUCUUUUUAAGUAAAAACAUGUUAUUCAACUUUUAAAAUGUCAGUACAGUUGAUAUUUUCGACUGAGUUUGAAGGAAGUAUUCUAUUUUCAACAUCAGGAAUUUUUGUUAACACAAAAUUUUUAGUUUCUCCCUUCAAAUUCGUAAUAUUGAGAUUUGAAUGUAUUUACAUAAAUUAAAGAAACUAUAAAUAUCUAAAUUAAAGAUAUUCAAACAACCAUAAAGUAUCGCACUUUUGAUACACAAUAAGUGAUUUAUUCAAGAAGUUAAGAAGAUCUAUUUUUCAAAGUAUAUUAAUUGACAUUAAUAAACAGCUGAAAUUACGCAAGAUUUUAUUCAUUGUUUCUUUUAUAUAUUACCAAUGUUUCUUAUAAAGAAUUUACUUUUUAAAGAUUUACAAGAAGUUUCUAUUAUUUAAACUAUGUUCUAUUAUAUUACUCUAUAUAUUAAAUUCUAUUGUUUUAGGUCUUUAUAAUGGAAUAUUUUAUUCUUAAAACGAUUGUAUUAUUAAUUAAGAUGUUUGUGUUUUAACUAGUAAAUAAUUAUACUAUCUGCAUUUUGACUUAGUUGCAAAACUACAAUCUAAGCAAAUAAGUUGCUAAAUUUUUUAAUACAACUCUUAACAAAAUAAUGGUAUAAAUUUUUUAUUGCUUGAACCCAUAAGGUUUGCUUAAAUACAUAGUAAGUUUUCAAAGACAUGAAAGAUUCUUCUAUGACAAUAUUUAUGUACCAGUUAUUGAUUUUAUUUUUACUGAAAUUUUAACUUCAAUAGCAAUUUUAUUAUUAUUAUUAUUAUUUUUUUUUACUAUUUGUUGAGAUGCUGGAACCUUUUUAAAUGACUUAUAUUUACUUUCUGCUCUUCUGUAUGUACAUAUUCUUAAUUUUUUGUCUAAUAUCUCUUGUUUAAAGAGAAAAUAUUUUUCAGUAUAGUUCAAAUUCUUUUGAGUUUAAAGUUUUACACUCUAACUUUUAAAAAUAUUUUUAAAUACUCAAUGACUGUGAUAAGAUUGUAUUUAUAAUGUUCCAUUAGAGAUGUAAAAUUAUAUUAAAAUAUUUUGUAUGUUUUUGUUUUUGAAUUUAUUGUUUACUUAGUUUUGUAAUUUUUGUUAUUUAAUUUCUGCUGAAACUGUGAGAAAAAUUUAUUUCAUGUGAUUUAUAGCAUGAAUCAAACUUUGUAUUCCUGCUGUAUUAAUUCAUUUUGGUAUUGUUGUAUAUUUAACAUUACAUAAAGAUAUUUUAAAUGUU